CUAAAACAUGCACUCUAUGAUCAGAAAAUCUGAAAUCUGAAGGAUGAUUUUGGUUACCCUGUUUAAUAUUUACGUUUUCUCUUCAAUUUCAAUUUAGCAAUAUUUUAGGAAGAGGAACCAAAGUAUAUUACCCUUCAAAUAAAUUUUAGAUUUUAUUUAUUCAUAUUGUGGAAAAAGCUGGAUGUGUUUGUUAAGCAAGUUCAAAUUGAAUUCCUGAAAAUUAUCCCAGAUACUGUUAUACUGGAUUGUUUAUAUUUUUAUUUAUCACAAUUUUGAAGUACUCCAAUGGCGCCUAUUAGUGAUUUGAGGAUUGCGGUCAUAUGUUCGAGUAACAUGAACCGUAGUAUGGAGGCUCAUGCUUUUUUGGCCAAGAAGGGUUUUGAUAUUAAAUCUUACGGAACAGGGGAUAAAGUAAAGAUACCAGGUUCAGCGGCUGACAGACCUAACGUAUACGACUUCGGAACUUCAUAUGAAGAUAUAUACCAAGAUUUGUUGCUUAAAGAUAAAUCUUUAUAUACACAAAAUGGCUUACUACACACCUUAGAUAGAAAUAGAAGAAUAAAGUCACAUCCUGAGAAAUUUCAAGAAACGAAAGAAAAAUUUGAUAUUUUAAUCACCUGUGAAGAGAGGGUAUAUGAUCAAGUAUUAGAAUAUAUGGAGAGUCAAACACCAACUGAUAAUUCAAUAGUUCAUGUUAUAAAUAUUGAUAUACAAGAUAAUUUGGAAGAAGCUACCAUUGGAGCCUUUUUGAUUAGCGAUAUGUGUUUGAUGCUGGCUAAAACACAGGACCUUGACAACGAUAUAGAAGAAGUUUUACAAAAUUUUGAAGAGAAAUGUGAAAGACCAAUCCUCCAUAGCAUUGUUUUCAAUUGAAAGUGAUAUGUAGCACUUUCAAAUGUUGUAGAAAUGCCUUUCUUCAAACCUCAUUUUCUAAAUGAAUAAAACCAUUUGAUGAAUUGUUUCAAGAUUCCUUUACAUUUUUGAUUUCAAUAUUUGGAAAUCAUAAUUAGAAUAUUUGACUGGAAUUAUUGUUUCAGAACUGUGGAUUGAAUGUGGACUUAACAGGUUUCAAACUCAAUUGAAAAUGAAACUAUAUGGUGCAGUUAGAAAGUCUAUUGUGUUGAGACCCACCUAACAUAUAUUUUUAUUAUAUCAUGCUGUCUUGCAGUUUAAUACAUUUUAUAACCAAAUAAUUAUAA